AUGGCUUCCAGACUCUGCUUCAGAGCCAAAGCAAUACCUUCUUCCUUCUCCUUCUCCUCUUCAUCCUCCUCAACGCUACGACGUCGUUUACUUCUCUUCGGAGCAUUCUGCGUGCUCAGCUUCGGCCUCCCCAAUCUCCUCUCCGCCGCGUGCAGAGCAACAGUUUGUACCCCUCACUCUCUCCCGUCCGCCCCUCUCUUGAGAUCAAACUUUGGUAGCCAAGCAAAGGCAAAAGGGAGUAGUAGCACCACUGUACCAAGCAUUGUGGUUUAUGUCACUGUACCCAACAAAGAAGUAGGAAAGAAGUUAGCUGAAAGCUUGGUCAGAGAAAAACUUGCCGCAUGUGUUAAUAUUUGUGCAGGCAUUCAGUCCAUCUAUCAGUGGGAAGGUGAGGUUCAGACAGAUUCUGAGGAGCUUCUUAUAAUCAAGACCAGGCAAUCCCUUUUUGAAGCUCUCACAGAGCAUGUUAAGUCAAACCAUCCAUAUGAUGUGCCAGAAGUUAUUGCCUUGCCCGUCAAUGCUGGCAGUUUCAACUACCUAGAAUGGAUCAAGAACAGCACAAGGGACUGACUGCAAGCUCACUGUAAGGAUUCAAGUACCUAUGAAACCAUUGGAGCAUUUCUUGAAGUGUCAACCAGAUGGUCCAUGAGUUUGCAUGUCCAAGCAUCCCAUAUUUGAAUAAUGUUGGUUGCUAAGUAAU